GAUAGUCUAUUUCUGGAAGCCGAGUUAUUACCUGGCGAGACAGCUCGAUUAAACACCGAAUUUAGUCUUUAUUGUGGUCAGAUCUGGCGUUACCAAGCUAAGAGUGCUCUUCCAGGAUUUGUUUUGUCAAAGUAAAGCGAAAGGAGGUCAAGAUUUAGCGAAUGGACCAAGUGGGGGAACAAAACAAAUCGUAGCAGCCUUUAGACGAGUGGCUGAAUCAUUCGGUGUCAGGCCAGCCACCAGACAGUGGCUCAGCCACCUACAUGCAGGGAGCGACUGUAAGAAUGUGAAGUGCAAUGGCCAACUUUGAAGCUUACCAGGAAUAUCAGAGAAUUGAGGACUUCGAGGAGGAUUCACCACCAGGCGAAGAGGAUUUAUUGGUUCAUGUGCCAGAAGGCCUUAAAGACUCAUGGCAUCACAUCAAGAACCUGGAUAAUUUCUUCACAAGAAUCUAUCAUUUCCAUCAAAAGAAUGGCUUCGCUUGUAUGAUGAUGUCAGAGUUCUUUGAACUCAUUCAGUUCCUGUUCGUUGUCACAUUUACAACGUUCCUCUUCAACUGUGUGGAGUAUGAUGUCUUGUUUGCCAACCGGGCAGUCAACCACACAGCACCAGGACAAAACCCCUUGGACAGGAACAAGGUCACUCUGCCAGAUGCCAUCCUACCUAGCCAGCAGUGCACCGAGAGUAUCCAAGAGAACAGCUGGAUUAUAUUCCUCCUUAUCAUGGCAGCUAUUUUUUGGCUCUAUCGACUUAUCAAAGUUUUCUGCAAUGUCCUGAGCUACUGGGAGAUACGGCAGUUCUACAUCAAGGCACUGAAGAUCAGGAUGGAUGAGCUGUGCAACUUCACUUGGCAAGAAGUCCAGGACCGACUAAUCAGUUUGCAGCGAGAGCAGCAGAUGUGCAUCCACAAGAAAGAGCUGACAGAGCUCGACAUUUACCAUCGCAUCCUGCGUUUCAAAAACUACAUGGUGGCCAUGGUCAACAAAUCUCUGCUACCAGUGCAGCUGCAGCUCCCCCUGCUGGGCAAUGUGGUCUUUCUCACCCAGGGCCUGAAGUACAACUUUGAACUAAUCCUCUUCUGGGGGCCCGGCUCACUGUUCCAGAACAAGUGGAACCUGCACCCCAAAUACAAAAAAGCUGGAAACCGCCUAGAACUUGCCCAGCAGCUUAGCCGGAUCAUCUUGCUGAUGGGCUUGGCCAACCUGCUGCUGUGCCCAUUCAUCCUAGUAUGGCAGGUGCUCUACGCCUUCUUUAGUUACACUGAGGUGAUCCGCAGAGAGCCUGGAAGCCUGGGUGCACGGCGCUGGUCCCUCUAUGGUCGCCUUUACCUUCGUCACUUCAACGAGCUGGACCAUGAGCUUCAUGGGCGUUUGGGCCGCGGCUACAAGCCCACCUCCAAGUACAUGAACUCCUUCACCUCACCGCUGCUGACCGUGCUGGCCAAGAACAUUGCUUUCUUCUCAGGCUCAGUACUGGCAGUCCUCAUUGCCUUGACAGUCUAUGAUGAAGAUGUCCUCACAGUACAGCAUAUCCUGACAGCGAUCACUGUGUUGGGGGUGGUCAUCACAAUUGCAAGGUCCUUCAUCCCAGAUGAGCAUAUGGUGUGGUGUCCAGAGCAGCUGCUGCAGUGUGUGCUGGCACACAUUCAUUAUAUGCCAGACCACUGGAGGGGCAAUGCGAACAAGAGCGAGACGCGGGACGAGGUUGCGCAGCUGUUCCAGUAUAAAGCGGUGUUUAUUUUGGAGGAGUUGCUCAGUCCUAUUGUCACCCCCUUCAUCCUCAUCUUCCUCCUGAGGAACAAGUCACUGGAGAUCAUUGAUUUCUUCAGGAACUUCACUGUGGAGGUGGUUGGAGUGGGGGACAUCUGCUCUUUUGCACAAAUGGAUAUCCGACGCCACGGAAACCCGAUGUGGAUGUCGGAGGGCCAGACCGAGGCCUCUAUCUAUCAACAGGCUGAGAAUGGCAAGACGGAGUUGUCCCUCAUGCACUUCACCAUCAAGAACCCACGCUGGCAGCCUCCCCAAGAGAGCUCAGUCUUCAUCAGCCAUCUGAAGGAGAAGGUGCAGCAGGACGCUCAGGGAGGACCGUCCACUCAGCUUCUGCUCUCCGAGGCUCCCCUUUGCGCCUCACUACUGUCCAAUGAAUCUGGCUCUGGGCCCAACAACGUCUUGGCCAGUGUACUGGCUCAUCCUGUUCUGACUGCAACUGGAUUACCGGGCCGAGACCGCCGUUUCCUGCCACCAAGUACAGCCGCUUCGGCGGCCGCCAGCGUCUUGGCCUCUCUGUCCACCUCCCAGCUUCCGCAUGCCAGCCGCAACCGCUCACACAGCCUCCAGCCUUCUGCCACGUACCCCGAGAGCACUAUGUACCACAGCAACCGCACCAUUAUUGACAGUAUGUAUAACAGCGACACCCGUACCCGAAACAAUGUGCUGCCCUCAGAGUUAGCCUCAGCAGAGAUGAGCCUCCAUGCAAUUUACAUGCAUGAGGUCCACCAGCAGAGCUCCCAGCCCCUGGGAGCCCCAGGACAGUGGCAGAACCCAGUGCCAAUGAGAGAUCUACAAACUAACACUGGUUCUCAGGCACGUAGCGGUCAUACAGCCAGCCUGUCUAUGCCCACUCCUCUCCACCUGGGAGGCUGGACAGAGGAAGAGGAGGAAGAUGAAGGAGAAGAGGAGAUCAACAGUGGAUCUACUCCUAAACAGGGCAACAGGAGUAGUUGUUGAAGUGCCUUAUGUCAUAGGUGUUUACACUUUGCUUUCUUCAACGAACAUUGUGGCCUUAGAUGAUCUUCAUGGAAAAUCUAAAUUGGACCUUUAAAGCGUUGCUCAGUGUUUGUAGUUGGAGGAACUCGUUAAAGAACCACUAUCCCCGCACCUCCAUGCCCUUCCUCCUGUCAUACCGGGUGGAAUAUGGCAUCAGGGAAACCAUACGUCUUCCAUCCCUUUAAUCUCCACUUCGUCAUGUCAUGUCCAUACGUUUUGCUGGUAAAGUGUGUGCAGAUAAGAUUGUUCUUUGUGUUGGGAGGUGAGGGCUGUUUUCAAUGUGGAAUGCAUCAGGCUCAUGACAACUUCUGCUACGUAUGUCUCGUGGGCAAAAUUGAACUUACAUGUGUGCAUCUAAGAGGCUUACAGUUUACAACUGACCUUUUUUUCCCCACGGGAUAGUGUUUGCCUUCUAUUGCAAAGACUGCACGUUGUAUCAUAGCCACUUGAUCUUUUUGCUUUAUAUUCCAGCUUUUUUUUUAUCAUAUUCUUCUUGGCCCUGGUCAUUUGUAAAUACACAUUGGCCUCUUAACUAUCUGUGAAUAAUCCAUGCUUCUUCUUUUUUUUUGUACUUGGAAAUCUAAUGAUUGAGAGAGAUCAAAAAUACUACCAGUACCGCCGUACCACUUGAGUCAUCAUGAUCUAUACUUGACAAAAGCCCUGUCAGGCUUUGAUGAAACACGUCUCCAUGCUGGACAUACAGAGGCUUCAGAAGCUGCUGUCUGUUCUGAAUAGUUUUGCUCAGUAUUAACACCUCCCCUGCUCCUCGUUUUCAAAAGACAUCCUCCACGCCAAGUCUGUGCCCCGACGGCCACUCUCUAGCAGAUAUCGCUUCAGGCGUUUCUGGCCUAGAGAUGAUGAUGAUGAUGACGAUGAGGGACAGUUUUCACUGCUCAAGACACAGUGCGGUAUUGCUGUAGUUCCACGUGUUUGGUAUACAUGGGUUUUGUUUGCUGCUAAAAUGAGUGCCCUUUUCCUCAAACGCACACACAGUAUUGGACGUUUCACUCAUUACUUGUUAGAUCUUUUGCAGUUUGUGCUUUUUGUUUGUUUGAAGAUAUUGGAAAAAAAAGUCAUCUCAGUGUUUUGCUUUAUGUUUGCGAAGGGAAUAUGAGGAGAAAAAAAGUAUGCUUUUCAUAUUCAGCAUAAGUUCAGGCUUACUUAUUUAAUUUUGAGCUCAUUUUAUUUUGAAAAAAAAUAUUAUUUGUUGGAAAAACAACAAAAAAAGAUAUUUAUUUUGGCUAAAACUUGGCAAAUUGUGAAUUGGCCAUAAUCAUAAUAAAAAUGUUUUGCCUCAGCUUUAAUAGUAGCUCCAGAUAAUAAAAAAAAAUCUCCCACAACGCAACAGGCUAUAAAUAGGCAAUAGUUAGAGGUGUUUAUUUUAAAGCAAGUAGUAGUGUAAAAGGUUUCGGUGGUAUUACUCUCUAAAGUUUUGUUAUCGCAAUCAAAGAAGGCAUCCCCAGAUGCAUGUUAAAGAAGAUGAAUUGAAAAAAAAGAAGGAAGCAUCAUGCACUUGCAACUAUUCAUAUCGGCGUCAUCCCAAAUUUAUAUCGAGCUUUAGACCACAUUUAUGUGGCGCUUAUCAAUCCACCGCUGUAAGACUUCUCCCAGGGCGCAGCCGUGUCUUUGCUCUCCCGGGUGUUUUAAGCAGGUCUGUUUUCUUUGUGAGCGUGUGCAUGUUUGAAAAGACAGGUUUUGACUUCUACAUUAUUAUGCUAACAUUAAUACAGCAUUUUGCACUGACAGAAAAUAUACUAUUUUUUUUUUCUUCUAAUAGACACUAUUGCGUCAGCUAGGGCAUGUCACAAAGGGACACCAAGUCAGUCUCCAUCCUGAAUGACCUCUCUCACUGUUUGUAUAUAAAGCUUUGCAUUAUCAUGGAUAAUAUUGUUAUUGUCCACACCAGGUCAUCUGGCAGCACUGUGGUCAAAUGUACGCUAGGUUGUUGUUGUUACCUCUGGUCAGUAAAAGCUCACCCGAUACAGGAUGAUGUCUGUGUUUCUGCAACACCUUUGACUUGGUCACUUAUGCUACAAGGGUAUUGAUUUUUAAUUUGAUGUAACGUACACUUUACAG